AUGUUUUCUAAAGCUUCGUCUUUUGUUCUCCUACUCGUUGCCAGUUUUUCUUUCGACGCGCAUGCCGUUCCCGCAACAGCCAAGCCGGCCCUACUGCCGCGUCAAGCAUCCAGUUUUGCAACAAGCGCAUCGGCAAGCUCCUCCGUUCAAGUCCAGAGUUUCCAGGCCAGCUGGCAGUCGCUGUCUCAGUCAUUCGUCCAGACUCAAUCCGUUUUCGAGCAGCGAGCAGAUGUCAGCGUUGCGUACAGAUCCGUCCAAACCCUCUAUCAGAGCUAUCAAUCGACGGUCUCCCAGUACCAAUCCUGCAACCUUUGCAAUCCUGGCUUGUCUCAAAGUGGCUUCCAAGCGCAAUUUCAGCAAUCCAUAACGACGAUGUACAGAUCUUUCCAAUCUAUCAUCAUCAUCGGCAAACAGACCUAUGGUUACCGAUGGGAAACACAGUUUACUCAGGUGUUCCGAAAGAUGACCUCGUUCGGAAGCUUCUGUCAGACGGUCGCUUCCGGCUUGCAGAUCGACUUGAGUGGCAUCUUAGGUGGACUGGGUCUUAACAUCAAUUUGUUUGUCAACAUCGGGAUCAACCUGGGUGGAAUCCUCGGCGGACCUGGCGGGGGCUUGCUCGGCAGUGUCCUUGGUGGAGGACCAAACAGCGGCUUAGUUGGGGGCUUGCUUUGA